AUGGCAAUGAGUUUCUCUUCAGAUAUCACGUUAGGAGGGCCAUCUCCACUGUCUUUUAGGAAGACACGUGCGUGCAGGCAGAAGUCAAAGACAGGGUGUACCACUUGCAAGCUGCGAAGGGUCAAAUGUGACGAGACCAAGCCAUCGUGCAUGCGAUGUAUAAACUUCGGGAGGAAGUGUGAUGGCUACGAGUAUAGUCCUAAGGAUAAACCGGCCUGGCUGAUGGGUCCAACUAUAUCUACUGGCAUAUCUCAAGAAGUCGUGGAAUCUCCCCCAUUUUCAAUACCACCCAGUAUCUCCGUGUUGAACUUCGGUAAUGAACAAGAGGCUCAAUAUUUUGAUUUCUUCUGUAGAGAGACCGUCUUUGAGCUCGCCGGAGGGUAUAAAAAGAAACUGUUUAACGUCAUCAUCCUUCAAUCUUGUCAUACUGAUACGUCUGUCCGGCAUGCUGCCACCGCAAUCGCUGCUUUGAGCAAAGCAAUGAAAGUCUCGAAAUGCAUGGAUCCGAAAGAAGGCGAAAUUGGUUUAAAGAGGAUUUCCGAUCAAGUAGAGAUGCAUCGUCGAUACGCUCUGAAGCAAUAUGGAAGAUCCAUUCGGUAUCUUCGUAACCUUAUCCGAACGAGUCAAAAUUCUCUUCGCGUACCUUUACUUGUGUCUAUCAUCAUAUUUUGCUUUGAGAAUUUUCAUGGCAACACUCAGUUGGCCGACAAACACAUUUAUAGUGCACUCAAGAUGAUGCACCAUCAUGAAGUAAUUGCAAGUCAUCCCCACCACAAUCCAUUAUUGAGUUCUCCUGCGCCGGAUCUGGUAGAAAAUGAGAUUGUUACAGCGUAUCUUCACCUUGCCCUGGCGAUCGUGACACGACCAGAUGAUCCAGAUUCAUUGAGCGACAAGGUCCUUGAUCUCAUAUCAACCGAUAUACCCAAACCAGACAUUCCUCAACAACUUGACAAUCUUGCAGAAGCCGAAGUUCAUUUAGAACAUGUGCUAUACCACUCUCUCCCAAAGAUACCAAGGGCAGACCUACAACGGCGCUUGGCAUCACCGGAUCUUUCUCCUCAAGGUUUGGCAAUCAGCUUUUCAAAAAUUCAGAAGCUUCACCCAGAAGCAUCAUCUCCUAUCCUCACAGGAUUCGAGUUUCCUAAGUUCAGUUCUGGCUUUCAAGAUUGGCAAAGAGCAUUUCAGCCAAUCAUUUCUUAUGCACAAUCUCCUUCGGGCAAUGCAGAUUAUAUUGCUGCAACCACUCUUCAGAUUAAGGCUCUCGGGAUAGGACUCAUGGGUCAAGGAGUUUUCCUUGAUUACAGGAUUUCCGAUCACUUCCUUCCCAUCUUCCGUCAAAUCAUCUCUCUCAGUCAAAAGCUUGUUUCCGAUCCUCGAUUUUUGAAGACAUUCGUCUUUGAUGCGGGGAUCAUUCCUUCUCUUUUCGUUGUGAUAUACGCGUGUCCUGAUCAAAAAAUAAGGAGAGAUGCGGUCACUAUCUUAAGGGAAGCAGGCCCUAGACGUGAAGGUACAUGGGAUGCUCUAAAAAUUGCUAGUAUCGGACAAAUGCUGUUAGAUUCCGAGGAAAUAGGGCCAAUCAAGACGAAAUCGACAUUUUUGCCGUUGAAUGAUAUAAAUUUGAUGUCGCCAACAGUAUACGAGGAGAUUCAAACACCCAUACUUCAAUCUCCACGACCAAGACGAAGGUCUCUUCUUGUUUCACCACCUCUGUGGGAACGUGGUUCAGAACGAGGGUUUGUUAUGAAUUCGUCUUAA